AUGGCGGCCGACUCCGAUCAUACAUUCAAUGAGACAGACACACUCCUGGGGACGGAUUCACGUCCGCCACCAGCCCGCCCUCGAGUUUUCAGGAGCAAACCCGUCGUUUUCGUCUUUCUAUGUGUAUUUAUAGUAUUCUUCAUUGAUUCUGGAGCUUACCUCUCCAUCGCUCCUCUAGCUCGCAUCUGCGAAGCUAUAGCCCAUCGCACCUAUUAUGAAAAACGUGACCCAGGUCGAUAUCGAUUGUUGGAAGAGAUUCCAGAGGAGAAGUGCAAAAUCUCACCUGUGCAGAGCGAACUGGCCUUCGUGCAAGGAUUACAAAUCAGCUUCGAAGCGCUUCCCACUGAUUUGUUAUCCGCUUGGGUUCACUUUUGGACUUUCAUGGGCAUUUUACUCUCUGUCCCGUACGGCCGUCUCGCGGACAAUGUUAGAUAUGGAAGGAAAUUUACUCUUGCUCUUGCGGUGGCUGGCCUUUUAUUAGGCCAACUUUGGGUAAUUAUGGUAUGCUGGUUCGCCCAAGUCAUGCCUCUCCGCUCAGUAUGGCUGGGAUCAGCAGCUCUCCUCCUAGGGGGUGGGACUGGCAUCGCUAUUACUAUGCUGAUGACAAUGAUUACGGAUAUUGUUGAGACUAGAUCUAGUAAGCACCUGUCAAUCAUGCUACUCUACGUCUCGACCCGUUAUAGCAUCCCUUUAUCCACAGCAAAUUUCUCCCUCACCAUCUUCGCGGGCGUGAAUAUAUUCCUGCUCCUCGUCUUCUUGCCCACUGUCUCCCGCUACCUCACCCUUAACCGGCGUUAUUCCACUACUACCAAGGAUCUCAUCUUGUCCAGAUAUAGCAUCACCAUGUACACGAUAGGGGCCCUCUUCUUGGGCCUUGCCCCUACAAUCGCCACUAUGAUAACAGGAUUGGUCAUUUUCACGCUCGGUUCCGGGUUUAAUUCCCUAAAUUUGAGCCUGGUAGCUACCUACGUUGAACCUCAGCAUAUUGCGCGGUUAUAUUCUGUGGUAUUGCCGGACAACACGAGUGAUGGUGACGAUGAGAACGGGCAUACUGAAGACGAGGAACGGGGCGUGGAGACAUCAUCAUCGAGUUCGACUUCGAGUUAUACCGAUAAUUAA